UUCCACUUCACUGUCCUCAACAGCUUAUAAACAAAAAGCGGCUAAUUUUCCAUAAUAUAUAGUACAAAGCCAGGACAUAAAAUUAUGUUUAAUUAUAAUUUACCGAAUGGCGGUYUGCACGCUCGUUGUUACAUUAAUUCCAAUAGUGAAAUUAAAUUUGAUCCGCCAGUAUAUGAGCAGCGCUAUACCACAACCAUACGCAUAUUGGAAGAUCCACAUUGGGGGCACAAAUUUAGAAAAGUGGUAGAUUUCGGAUGUGCUGAAAUGCGAUUGUUGUCAUUGCUACGUCGUACGAAAGGCAUAGAACAUAUUCUAGAGGUUGACAUUGAUGAAAAUUUAUUAAGGAGCUAUAAACAGAGAGCAGAACCCUUGGUAUCGGACUACUUGAACAAACGUGAAACUCCUUUGCGAAUCGAUUUAUUACAAGGAAGCAUUGACACRCCGGCUGAUCAAUUGUUGAAUGUAGACGCAGUAAUCGCAUUGGAAAUAAUUGAGCACUUGUAUCCAAAAACACUAGAGAAUACGCCAAAAAAUAUUUUCGGUUUUAUGCAGCCUAAACUAGCAAUAUUUUCAACACCAAAUUCAGAAUUUAACGUACUUUUUGAACCGUUAUUAGCAAAUGGUUUCCGACACGAUGAUCACAAAUUUGAAUGGAAGCGAUCUGAAUUUGAGGACUGGGCAUUAAAUAUUUGCCAACAAUACCCAAAUUAUAAGGUUGCUUUUAUGGGAGUUGGGGAUGCACCACCAGAUAGAAAGGAUAUUGGCAACGUAACUCAAAUGGCAAUAUUUGCACGUUGUGAUUUGCUGGACCUUUCUCUUCAUAAUGAGUUACUUCCCAGCAAGGUCGCCGUUGAUUUCGGACCCGAAGCAGAUAUUCGAUACAAAGAAAUAUUUACUGUAGAUUUCCCAGUUUAUAUUGAUGAACGUAGUAAAAAUCAAAAAAUUCUGGAUGAGGCGCGCUAUCAAAUCAGUCGUUGUCGACGUAUUGAUAGAUAUUUCAAUUGCGAUUUACGUAUAUAUAAAGUACCUCUAAUAGUUUUAAGAGACUAUAUUGAAAAUAUUGGCGCUACAAUGCCGGAAUUGCUUGCUGUUCUAAAGGAAAAUGAUAUUGAGGUAAAAGAAGAAUAUAUCAUAUUACCCGAAUAUGAUGAGGAUGAUUUUAGUUAUCGUCAAUAUGAUGAUUGUUAUGAUAAGGAGUUGGGAGUAUGGAAUGAUGCUGGAUAUGAUGAGACCGGAAAUGAUGACGAACGGGGCGCAUGCGGUGGAUAUUCACAUACUAAAGGAGACACCAAUUAUGAUUCUGAGGAAAAUUGGGAUUAAACGAAAGCUAGUAGGGUUUUAAUUUAGUUACAACACAAUAAGCGAUUAUUAUAUGUACUAAGAUAAUGAUAAAAUUAAAUAAAGUUGAUCAAUACUAUGUAUAGAAAA